AUGGCCGAAGACUUCGGUGUUGUCCGCCUGAACUUUUUUAACAAGAUCGCUGUGAUUCGUUUGGUAAAUGGAGAUAACAAAAUCAACGGAAGAUUUGUUCAAUCACUAAAUAAAGCACUUGAUUCAGUCGAGGGUAACCCUAACAUCAAAGCUCUAGUAACCACAGGGGAAGGUAAAUUCUACAGUAACGGCCUGGACGUCGAAUGGUUCUCUUCAGUUGAUGAUAGGACAUAUAUACAGUUUUUUCAAGAUCUCAAUGAACUCCUGUCUCGACUGCUAACAUUUCCCAUGCCCACUGUAGCGGCAUUAAACGGUCAUGCCUUUGCAGGUGGCGGUAUCCUAGCCCUGUGUCAUGACUACCGCACUAUGAGGACAGGAGCUGGCUGGCUGUGCCUCAAUGAAGUCCAUAUCAAACUGAGAUUCUCAGAAUUUAUAAUGAGCUUACUGAAAUCGAAAAUAUCUAGCCCAGUCUUAACUGAAGUGGCCAUUCUAGGCAAGCGUUUCACGGCAGAGGCAGCCCUCGAGGCAGGUCUUGUCAAAUUAAUAACAGGUCCGGAAAAACUGAUAGAGAGGUCAUUGGAGCUGGCAAACAGUUUGGUCGGUUCUAAGGGAUACGAUCGUGUCACUCUUCAAAAUAUGAAGAAGGAUAUGCAUGCUGCUGUAUUAGCAGUGAAGAAUAGUGCCAUAAGAGGGAAGGCGGAAUUUGAAGCUGUCAGAAAAAGAAAUGCAUCUAAAUUGUGACUAAAACGGUUGACGAAUCGUUUAUCCUGCAUUUAAUAUGAAAAACGGUGUUAAAUUUAGUGAGUCGCUUAUUGGGGUUUGUUUUGGGGCAUUGGCAUUUACUUUUCUAUGUAUCUGUAUAUUUUAAUUUACUAAAAAUGACGUAUAAAAACUUGAGAUUUUUUAAAGCUGGACGGGCAGUCGUACAUGCGGGUUGAAGGCAAGUAUCUAAUACAA